UCCGUUCACCCGCCCCCCGGGAGCGCUGCUACUCACCAUGACAAUUGUCGAAACACUUGCUGCAGUUGAUGAGUCGGGUUGUGACGUGGCAGAUUCUGACGUGGCAGCUGCUGAUGUGGCAGUUGCUGAUGUGCCAGGUGCUGAUGUGGCAGCCGAUGAUGUGGCAGAUCUCUGAUGUGGCAGGUGCUGACGUGGUUGCUGCUGCUGUGCCCGCUGCUUAUAUGGCAGGUGCUGAUAUGGAAGCCGGCGAUGGCAGCUGCUGCGGCUGCCAAAGUGGCUUCUGCUCACGUCGAGGUCUCGCUUGGCUGCUGAUGUGGCAGUCGGUUCCUGCUGCGAUCAGUGGACCUGAUGUGGCAGGUGCUACUGCUCAUGUGCCAGGUCCUGCAGCUGCUACCUCUGAUGUGCCAGGUCCUAAAGCUGCUUCAAGUUGCUGACGCAAGAGCUGCUGAUGUGGCAGUUGUUACGGCUGCUGACUUGACUGUCGUCCUCCUGCCGCUCCUUCUGCCGUGCCUGCCAGCCGUCCAUCCGCUGCAGAUUUCGUGUGUCGCCUCUCUCUCUCUCUCUCUCUCUCUCUCUCUGAAAAGCGCACGUGGUCGCCACGUGGCAACAGUGGGGAGGACGACCCCAAGCGGGAGCGAGAGGAGGGGGACCCUGAUCGGGUAGUCCAGUGGGAAGAGGGUGGUGGGGAAUAAAGAUCGGGAAGGAAG